UCUCGUUGGUUCCGCAGCACCGAGGCCGAUUGGACGACCAACACUCUCGUUCUCAAAACGAAGUGUUGACAGAUGUAUCGCGUACCUUUCAUAGGUACCACUGUGACACCACGCCCCGAUCCUCCUCCCCCGGAGCCUUUCGUGCCCACACCAUCUCCUUCUAUCACUGUCACCUCGCCUCGGCAGUUCGCCCACUUCAUCCGACAGGACGACGUCACCUUCUUUAUGGUGAACGUGACGGAUCUCUUACACUAUGAUCCACCCUGUCCCGACGCCGAACUCAUCCCUCUGGAGCCAGAUUCUCCUCCUAUCUCCAUGGCUCCCAUCUCUACUUCCCACCCUCCGCCGUCCAUCGAGUCCACCCCGCCGUCGCGCGCUGACGUUGACGCUGAGGAACUCGCACGAUAUACGGCCGACUUGGAGUCCGCUGUUCGUGACCUCAUUCGAGAGUACCACGACGUUUUUCCAUCGUCAUUCUCGUACGCCGACAUCCUACCGAUGCGCGACGUUGAGCACUCCAUCCAGCUUCUGCCUGACUAUCGUGUUCACCACCAAGCACCCUACAGACUCUCGAUCCCCGAGGCCACCGAACUCAAGCGUCAGCUUGAGGAGCUCUUGAGACUGGGUUUCAUUAAACCCAGCAACUCCCCGUGGGGUGCACCCAUCCUCUUUGCUCACAAAGCGGAUGGAACUCUCCGUCUCUGCAUCGACUAUCGCGGUCUCAACCGCUACACGGUUAAGAACAACUACCCCAUGCCUCGUUCCGAUGAGCUGUUCGACCGCCUAGCAGGCAACUGCUUCUUUACGAAGAUUGAUCUAUAUAGCGGUUACCAUCAGAUCCACGUCGCUGCAGCGGACCAACCGAAGACAGGGUUUCGAUCGCGCUUCGGCCACUAUGAGUUUACGGUGAUGCCAUUCGGUCUCACCAACGCACCCGCUACCUUCAAGACGGCGAUGAACGACAUCUUCAGGGACAUCCUGGAGCAUGCACGUAAGGUCGCCGACAUCGUGUUUGACCGAGUCGUGCGUGACCACGACUUACCUCUGAGCAUCAUAUCUGACUGUGGCCCGCGCUUUACCAACCGAGUCUGGCGACGACUCCACGAGGUUUACGGCACCCAGCUCCGCUUCUCGUCGUCUUACCAUCCUCAGACCGAUGGUCAGACCGAGGUCAUGAACAGGACUCUCGAAGAUAUUCUCCGAAAGAUUGUUCGUGAUGACCAGCAGUGGGAUCUCCAUCUUGCCCACGCGGAGAUAGCCUACGACCACGCCGUCUCGCCAACCAUGGGGAUGUCGCCUUACUAUUGCGACCUCGGCUAUCACCCUCGUGUUCCCACGGACUUCCUUCGACCGUCGCAGAUGCACCCCGACACGAGUUGUCCCGCGUUGGAUGAUUGGGUUGCACACAUGACGUCGAUCAUGAAGACCGCACAUGAGCACAUAACCGCUUCCCAGACUCGCAUGGCAGCACGUGCAAACCGAUCGGGGAUGGACCAUCCAUUCAAAGUCGGUGAUGAUGUGCUUAUCGAUGCCCGCCACCUACAGCUCGAAGCGGACACGCUUCGCAAGUUUCAGCGUCGCUUCUUUGGCCCAUGCGACAUUCUCCAGGCCGUCGGUUCUGUACUAUCAUGUUUUGGGUCACAGCCAAUUUGUAAUACUUUUUUCCCACGUCUUGCUAGCGCGAUGGAGAUAUUACAGCUUGAUACGGCUUCUAGCCCGGUCAACUUCCGUGUGAAGCUGCCCGACUACCUACGUCAGGCUCGUGUGCACGUUGUCUACCACGUCUCGUUACUUCGUCCUUACCGCAGACCGUCUAAGUGUUUCGUUGGACGACCAUACGAGCGCCCUCCACCCAUCGUGGUGGACGGCCACGAGGAGUUCCUCGUUUCAGACAUCAUGGGUCGCCGAGUCACUGACGACAACCCUCCCCAUGUCGAGUAUCUCGUACGUUGGAAGGGUUACCCUGAUGAGGAGGCUACCUGGGGGCCCCUCGAGCACUUGCACCACGCUCGCAUGUUGGUGCGUGCCUAUGACCGUGCUCGUCGUGCUGGGUCGACUGCUCCCCCUCAGCUUGACCACCCUCCUUCUCCCUCGGCUGAGGAGACCGCUAAAGUCGAGCCUGCCCCUUCUGAGGCAGGCCUUCAGCAGCAGUUGGAUGCUUCUAAGCGUCCACAGCGCACUCGUCGUCGUCCUGUUCGAUACGACGAUUGACUCUGACUUAUCUUCCCACGUUUUUGACUUCUCAAUACUCCAUCCACAUCAGUUUUGCUACUUCAGCUC